UUUUUUUUUUUCCCUCUCUCUUCUUCUCUUCCUUUUUCUUCCUUCCCUCCUUGCUCCAACUCUUGGUCACCCUCACAGAUUACUGGGGGCUCUUACCAACAUGGAGCAAUCAUACCUCUCUUCCCCAGCGGAAGUGCUGGACCAUUUCAAGGUUACAGAAAGUUCCGGCCUGUCGCAGGAUCAGGUUGUGGAAGCCAGACAGAAGCAUGGCCCCAAUGCCCUCGCGGAAGAGCCACCAACGCCUCUCUGGCAACUUGUCGCAGAACAAUUUAAAGAUCAGUUGGUUCUCAUUCUUUUGGGCUCCGCUGCUGUGUCUUUCGUCCUGGCUCUCUUUGAAGAAGGUGACGACUGGUCAGCCUUCGUUGACCCUGUUGUGAUCUUAACUAUUUUGAUUCUUAAUGCUGUGGUUGGUGUCACCCAAGAAAGCAAUGCCGAGAAGGCUAUCGCUGCCCUUCAAGAAUAUUCCGCCAAUGAAGCUACGGUGGUUCGUGAUGGCAAAACCCAGCGUGUCAAAGCGGAGGAUCUGGUUCCUGGAGAUAUUGUUCACGUCGCGGUGGGAGACCGUGUCCCGGCAGAUUGCAGACUGCUCGCUAUUCAUAGCAACAGUUUCCGAGUUGACCAGGCAAUUCUUACUGGCGAGAGCGAAAGUGUUGCCAAAGAUGCUCGUGUCAUCCAGGACCAGCAAGCGGUCAAGCAAGAUCAAGUCAACAUGCUUUUCUCCGGUACAACAGUAGUCAAUGGACAUGCAACGGCUAUCGUUGUCCUGACGGGUGGAUCGACAGCUAUUGGUGAUAUUCAUGAGAGUAUCACCUCCCAGAUCUCUGAGCCGACUCCUCUGAAGCAGAAGCUGGACGACUUCGGCGACAUGUUAGCCAAGGUGAUUACUGUCAUUUGUGUCCUUGUCUGGAUCAUCAAUAUUGAGCACUUUAACGACCCGUCUCACGGUGGCUGGACUAAGGGAGCCAUUUACUACUUGAAGAUUGCGGUGUCACUAGGCGUGGCAGCUAUUCCGGAAGGUCUGGCGGUGGUAAUCACCACAUGUUUGGCUCUUGGUACUCGCAAGAUGGCUCAGAAAAACGCGGUCGUCCGUUCACUUCCGUCAGUGGAGACACUAGGUAGCUGCAGUGUGAUCUGCUCCGACAAAACCGGCACCUUGACUACGAACCAAAUGAGCGCAGAGAAGAUUGUUUAUCUCAACGAGACUGGCACUGGCGUCGAGGAACUCGACGUUGAAGGUACCACUUUCGCUCCGGAAGGUAGAAUUUCCCGCCAGGGCAAGGAGCUGCAAGACAUUGCGGUUUCCUCGUCUACCAUUCGGCAGAUGGCGGAGGUUAUGGCUCGCUGCAACAGCGCAACCCUCGCCCACGAUGCUAAGACCGGCGCUUUCUCUUGCAUCGGCGAGCCUACUGAAGGUGCUCUUCGCGUGUUGGUCGAGAAGAUCGGCACUGAGGACUCUGCUGUCAAUGCUAAAUUGUUCCCUCGUCCUGCUUCCCAAAGACUUCAUGCCGCCAGUGCCCAUUACGAAGCCCGCUUGUCCCUCAAGGCGACUUAUGAAUUCUCUCGUGAUCGGAAAAGUAUGUCGGUUCUUGUCGAUACUGGCAAAGAACAAAAGCUCCUGGUUAAGGGUGCACCGGAGUCCAUCUUGGAGCGUUGCUCUCAUGCCCUUCUCGGUGCUACUGGACAGCGCGUCUCUCUGGUAAAGGAUCAUUUGGAUCGCCUUUCCGAAGAACUGGUCGGAUAUGGAAAUCGUGGUCUCCGCGUAAUCGCACUCGCUAGCGUGGACAAUGUUGGCACCAACCCCCUGCUGUACAACGCCAAAUCUACGGACGACUACGCUCAGUUGGAACAGAAAAUGACUCUUAUCGGCUUCGUUGCGAUGUUGGACCCUCCACGUGUGGAAGUUGCUGCCUCGAUUAGAAAGUGCAAGGAGGCUGGUAUCCGUGUGAUCGUUAUCACUGGUGACAAUCGCAACACGGCCGAGUCCGUUUGCCGUCAAAUCGGUGUCUUCGGAGAAGAUGAGGAUCUAAAGGGUAAAAGCUUCACCGGAAGGGAAUUCGAUAGCCUAUCGUACAACGAGAAACUCGAAGCGGUCAAGACUGCGUCGCUGUUUUCACGUACCGAGCCUAGCCACAAGUCCAAGCUUGUUGAUCUCCUGCAGUCCCUUGGCCAUGUUGUCGCGAUGACCGGAGACGGUGUCAACGACGCUCCGGCUUUGAAGAAAUCAGACAUUGGCGUCGCCAUGGGUACAGGAACUGACGUUGCUAAGCUUGCCGCUGACAUGGUCCUGGCUGACGAUAACUUCGCGACUAUCACCGUGGCUGUUGAAGAAGGGCGUUCAAUUUACAGCAACACUCAACAAUUCAUUCGGUACCUUAUCUCAUCGAACAUUGGUGAAGUCGUGUCCAUCUUCCUGACUGCAGCCCUGGGCAUGCCAGAGGCUCUGAUCCCUGUGCAGCUUUUGUGGGUCAACUUGGUCACCGAUGGUCUGCCGGCUACGGCUUUAUCUUUCAACCCCCCUGAUCAUGAUGUCAUGAAACGCGCCCCUCGCAAGCGUGAUGAACCCUUAGUUGGCGGCUGGCUCCUUUUCAGAUACAUGGUGAUCGGUACCUACGUGGGUGCCGCUACUGUCUUUGGCUAUGUCUGGUGGUUUGUGUACAAUCCCGAAGGGCCUCAAAUAUCGUUUUGGCAAUUGUCUCAUUUCCACAAGUGCUCGUCCCAGUUCCCAGAGAUCGGGUGUGAGAUGUUUACCAACGAUAUGUCGCGCUCCGCAUCUACCGUGUCGCUUUCGAUUCUCGUCGUGAUUGAAAUGCUCAACGCCAUGAACGCUCUUUCCUCCAGUGAAUCACUCUUCACAUUCGGCCUGUCGAACAAUCCGAUGCUGGUAUAUGCAAUCAUUCUCUCCAUGUCAUUGCACUUUGCUAUUCUCUAUGUUCCUUUCUUGCAGGGCCUGUUCUCCAUCGUACCCUUGGAUUGGAUUGAAUGGCAGGCCGUCCUGGUUAUCAGUGCCCCUGUUAUUAUCAUCGAUGAGGUUCUGAAGGUGAUGGAGCGCCGGCUGUACAACAACCUCCCUGCCGUUGCACGCGUGGAACAGAAUGGCAAGCCCAAGAGGGCGUGAGGAGCUGAACGAUGAAAUGAUGACUGAGAUCUCGGUGGUUGCGUUGAUGAUAUAUAGAUUUCUUGUCCCUCCAUACGCUUCGUGUUUGUUGUUUUCGCCGUUGGGCAGUUGAUGGCAUAUACCUAUAACUUUGGCUGGUUUGGACGUAUAGAGAAAGAUGCCGAUGAUGUCUACAGCGAAGAGCCUAGCGAAGUCUUGUUUCAUGAAUUUUAUGGACCCUAAACCUAGACUUUGUCCUGUUUGAUCAUUGGCAGUCAAGACUAUCGCGGGUGGCCUGGAUAUGUAGUAAUUAUUUUCUU